AUGAGCAAUUGCUUCGAAUUACAAAAGAAUAAACUCAUCUGGAAUGGCGACUUAAGCGAAUUAAAGUCUUACGUCGCAGAAAAGUUAAAUAUAAACGGUAAAUGGAAGUCACCAUCUGGGGGACGCUGGUUAUUUACUAGCGAUGCUUUGUCUAUAACCUGGUAUUGCAAAAGCAAGACUGUCUUAUUUCAAGGUCCUCGUGGCAGCGAGGUGGCUGACUCCUUGAAGAGAAAUAUCGAUGCAUCGCGAACC